AUGUCACAUUUAAGUUAGAGCUCAGAAAAUUUUAACAAUCCUAAAAGAUUUAUUAUAACUAUGCACACAAAAUAUAGGCCGGUUAAAGAAAAACAUAUUUUGGGAAUAGAUUAUGAUAAAUUAAAAUAUGGAAAAAAAAGAUCUCAUCAAAAUUUCACUAUGAGCACAGUUCAAGAUUCUUCUUAAAAUAAUGAAUUUCCGAGGGAUUCUUUAUUACGCAACUAAACACAAGAAUCUUUUAGACCAUCAACGAAUCAUUCUAGUUCAUCUAAAAUGAUUUUUAGAUCUUCAACCAAUGAAGGAGCAAAAUAAAUAGAAAACCCACUUAAAGCAGAUUUUGAAACUUUCAAGAAAUACCAAAAAGAAUUCAUGGAGUUUAAAAAAUAGAAAAAUAUAAAUACACAAUAGCACUAUAUUAACUCACAGUACCCUAGAGUUUAAAAGCAAAAUUUUACAGCUUAGCCCCCUUAAUCUCCUAAUGUUUUUUAAAGAUUGAGCUGGCAUAAAAAUAACAAAUAGAGUGGAUUCCAAUCUAUGCAUGAUAAAACUUAUUCAAAAUUUGAUCAUAAAAGAAGUAGUCUAAGUAUGAUCCCUGCAGAUAACCUAUAAAAUAUUGAUAAAGUAAAUGAACAAAAAAUUGAAAAUGCAGAAGCUUUUUCUUAGCAGGAGUCUUAGAAAAUAGGCUAAGUUUAAUUUGAAGAUUAAAUAGGUGACAAUUAUUAUUAAGAGUAAAGCAACAAAAAAAACGAAAUAGUUAUUUAAGAUCAGCUACAAUAACUAGAGAAUGCAGAUAGAAAUUUCGAAUUAUAAAAAUAAUUAUAGUAAAAUGAAUUAGGACUAAACCAAUAAACAGAUUCAAAUGCUUUGGAUAAUAAUUAUACAAGUUCAUAGCAAUUUUUUGACCCUUAUUCUACUCAGUACAUGAAAAUGGUCGAGAAGCACUUCGAAAAGAAUCCUGAUUAUUAUAGACACUUGUAAGGUGAUUGUAUAUGUGGGAGAUGCAUCUGUGGCAAGUGCAAAUGUCCUUACAGAAAUGUCCCAGUUGAUUUUAGGAGAGGAAUGUAAACCUUAUAUCAAGCUGAUUUUUAAAAACAUAAAAAUCUAGAAUAGCUCCCAUAAAUCACUAUGGAUUUCCAUAGUUAGGUGCAGUGCUUAGAGCCAAUCAAAUGUUGCUCUACGACCUAAAAUGACUUUAGACCUCACGAUGUUAAAGAACCUGUUUAUGAAAAAGGACCAAAAUAAUAGCAUUAUGACUAACCUUUUAUAGGUUCCACAAACUAUAGAAACAAUUUCGUUAACUGGAAAGCUCAGGUGCCAGAAAAGCUACCUAAUCCUUCCGAACACACAGUUGUUCAAUCAAUACCUUUUAUAGGCAAAACAAUGUAUAUGGAGAACUUUUAACAAAAACCUAUGAAAGAUAGAGAUUUUGAAGAAUACAUCAAACAAAAGAGUAAAUCCAAACUGAGCUCGCCAAUGAAUCCUGAUUUCAGAUAUAUGAACGAAACAAAUUACCAAUUUUUUUACUAAGCUAAAAAUCAACAAAGAACAAACAUAUUAAAACCAUUUUAACACUCUGUAAAGACAACUCCUUCUGUUCCUGAUUAAUAUAGAACUACAUUUGUUAGAGAGUUCGAAGAUAAAUCUUCAAUAGUUUGCCCUUCUAGACUAGAAUUAAUAGAGCUUAAUAAAAAAAAGUAAUAGGAAAAAUAUAAAGAGUAUCUUGAAAAAGAAAGACUAAAAAACUAGCCAGGCUAAUCUGUAACCAUGCAUACUAUUUUAUAAUAAGCCAAUUCUAAAUCUCACAAAACUUACCAUGCUUGA